AUGUGUUUCUCAGUAAAUAAAGAAGUUUCGAGUUAUGAUGAGUCAGAUUCGGGGGCUCGUUUCUACAACAAGUUUCAUUUAGAUAAAUUUAAUGAGAAUAAUUGUGAUAGUCAAGAGGUAGAUGAAAAAGUUUACGUGUCAGAUUUUUUGGCAUUAUCAACACAAUAUACGAGAAAAUUCUGUCAAUUCCUUCUUGCUGGUUCAAGAAGGUUGAAGACAUCGUCAUCUUACAAGAUUCUUACAAGAACAGCACAGCCUGCUUACUUUAUGACAAUUGCGAUGGUUCUUUUUAUUUCUUCAUGCAUUUGGCCCAAUUUAAAUGAACAAGAAGAAGGAAAAAGUGGGAAGACAAGAAGCUUGUCAAUGACUUUACUUUAUUUGACAUCAGUUGGAACACAUUUUGGUGCUCAAAUAUGGAUGACAUUUGUAUCGGGCUUGGCACUUUACUUCUCAUUGCCUCGACAUACAUUUGGAAUGUGCCAGGAAAUUUUAUUUCCAAAAUAUUUCUUAUUGAACACAAUUUUGAGCACAACGACGCUCAUCUCUUACCCCAAAAUCAGCACGAACCAUAACGAUCCUCAAGUGAUGGUUCAAGUGAUUAACUUGCUGAUUUGCGUUCUAAUCGAGAUGACCAUUUAUCUUUUUUUGACGCCGCCUCUACUCGACCUCAUGCGUGCAAAAUACCAAUUUGAAGAAAAGCUCGGAAAUGGUCAGGAAAUUGGCUAUGAAAAAGAAGUUGUCGGAAUCAAAUGCCCCAAAUAUCAAACAAUUCACAAAAGCUUUCGAAAAGCUCACAUUAAAUGUGCCAUUGGGAAUGUGAUUGCAAUUUGUUGUUCCUUUGUGCAUAUUUAUUAUUUGGCCUCAAAAAUAACAAUUCUUUGACGAUAAAUCAUUGGGAAGACAUCGUGGCUUGUGGAAAUUAUCAAUUCAAUAUCGAAAGAUGGAAACAUUCUGUCAAAAUCGAGUUUAGCAUGAAAUUUUAAAUACAUAAUUAGAUAGCUGAAUUUAUAUUUAAAUCUCAGUGUGACAUGAACAAUAAGACCAAAGAAAUGUCAUUGAAUGAAGACUCAUAAAUGAAACCGAACUCUAAUUAAUGUUAAGAUAACAUUCAAGCUCUCAUUAAAAGGAAAUCAGUAUAAGACAUCAAACUACUUUUAGUCUUCGACAAUUAAAGGAAAUCAAGAACGAGAAGAAAUGUCUGAAUGUUGGUUUUCCAAGAAAGAACAAUUAAGUAAUCAUAAGUUAGUCUAACUUUUAAGAAAACUCACAAGGCGUGUAGAGAAUUAAUAAUUCAACAAGAUGUAUAAAUAAUGUCCACAAUCGCACAGGUUCUUAAAAAUGAAUAAAAGAAAAUUAUCGUGAGAACUUU